ACUGAUUUUAAGUACCUGCCUGACACUCCGUGAGGCCAGUUGAUGAGGCCAGGAGCGUGCUUGGCCCGUCGGGCCACCUGCCAUUUUCGAAUAAGACGGCAGCAUGACGCUUCUCGGCGACUUCACUUCGGCCGGCCUCAUGGAGAAGCAGUCGUUCAAGAUGGCAGCCAAGACAGGCGAGGCCCGGCGACACUCGGUCACGACAGGCCCCGAGUACAUUUACCGCCCCAAGAUGAUCUCGUCGCCUGAUUCGGUUGGCGUCCUUCUCGGCGGCCUCGCGUACGGUGUCGACACGUGCGGGGACAUGGCCUACGUCGCAUGCAUCAACUACGUCGCGAUGAUGCACCUCGCAACUCGCAAAGUGCUCACGAAGGUGAGCGUACCCGGCACCGCACUGUCGCUCACGGCAUCGCCCAGCGGCAAGGCGGUGUACGUCGCGUGUCAAGAAGGUGGUCUCGUCGUACUGAGGCGCGAAGCCGACGACAGCCUCGCGAUUGCCGAGACACAUAACGUACCUGCACUUGGCGUCGCCAUGUGUGCGGCCAAGCCCGUCGCCGUCGUCGCUUGCGACAGCCUCGGCCUCUGCCUGUUCGACACGCGCACGCACAGUUGGAGCUCGAUGAUCGCGCUGCAUCACGCGCUUGGCCAGUACAAGGCCCGAUCCGUGGCGAUCAAGGACGACCAGUAUGCGAUUGUAGCAUGCGAUGCGGGUUUCCUCGCUGUCGUCGAUAUUGUCGACCCCAAGCACCCGCGCUUGGUGUCCAUCGACCGCGUCUUCACGGGCGAAGCGCGGUCCAUCUCGCUGGACGACGACAACACGACGGCGUACGUGGCGUGCGGCAACAAGGGCAUCUAUAUUGUCAACAUUGUUGAUGUCGAGGCCGUCAAGUCGCUUGGCCAUGUCAAGUCCGCGUACGGUGCCGUCUUCGACGUCAAGGUGUUUGGCAGUCUCCUCCUCUGCGCGUGCCAGAUUGGCGGUCUCGCCGUCUUCACUGUCACCAACGAGAAGCCGUACUUGCGCCUUGUCGGCCAGAACAACCGAUUCGAAGGCAUCUGUCACGGUGUUGCCGGCUUCAACGUCCGAUCAUCUUACGGUAGCCACUCGCGCGAGGCUCUCGUCACAUGCCAGUCUGGUGGCAUCCAGGUGAUCAAGCUCGAUCGCAUGGAGGCGUGGCCCCAGCCCCUCAAGCCCGCCCUGGGCGAAGCUUGUAGCAUUAUGUAAUUCCCAACCUAUUUAAGAACUUCGCUCUAUUCUACUCA